UUCCGUCUUCUAAGACUCCAGUUCUCCCCUCCAGAAUUGCCGAUAAGAGUGAGCCAACGGUGAUCCUGCCACUCAGUUCUCGAGCGGAGCUGCCAGGAGUAACACGUAGAGCGCGGGUUGAAGUGAAUGUUCGCUUACGGGACCGUGAGGUCGUUUCUCACAUGUCGUAGUUUGUUUAUAGAAGAGUACGUCUUUGUGUAUUUGAGAGGUGGCAUGCGUGAGUGGUGAAAAUGUUGGUAUUUGCGUCUAGGCAUGAUCUUGCCAUGCCGGUUCUUGAUAAGCCACGUGUUAUCUCAGAGAUCAAGAAGAACAACAAACAUUGUCGUCGCGAAUUGAAGAGUAAAGCCAGAAUCUCAGGUGACCUGGAAUGGGCUGUGGACGGGACCUGGGAGCUGCGCCACGUGGAAGUGACGGGUGGGAGUCUCGUGGUACACGGCGCCUCCACGGGACCGGAAAUGCGGUUGCCCCUGCGGCACCUGAGUCUGCAACCCGCCAACCACCCUCGUUCCUUCAGCCUAGUCCGCGAACGCCAGUCGCUGGCCACGUUACAGGCUGGGUCUGAUGUAGAGUAUGGACGGUGGGUUAAGACGCUGGCCGUCGAACUGAUGCGACAGACGCCGCUGGAUGCAGUCAGGUUCCUGGACAUUUUAGGAAUCACCGCGACCAUUGCUACGAGAGGGUUUGAAGAUGAGACCGAAGGAGAAAGCACUCAGAUGGGCUUCAGGAAAAACUAUGAGCGGGGUCGCGCGAAGCGGAGGGUGUGCGUAAGUAACCGCGUUCCCGAGUGCGUGGAAAAGAGACACGCAAGAGCUCAAAGCAGUGACCCAGUGCGUAAGAUGUCCGACAGUGACUCCGAACUCGAAGACGUGGAUGAGAAGGAAAUCAUGGCACUUCUGCGGAGGUGUCAGCAGGUGGACAGCUACGUCCCGGUGCGCGAGAAGAGACGCCUAUUUGAAUCACUCUGCAGACAGGGACGACGCCUCGCGCAGAGCAGCGACAAUCUGUGCAGCGCUGGUCGGAUGACGGAGGUGAAACUGAGACGGAGGAAGAGGGCAAGGUCACUGCAUGACCUCAGCAGGAGCAGCAGCGUGGCUGUGAAAGAGAUCUGUCAGUACUUUGAGACGCGCGGACAGCUCGAACAAGACGACGUAAGAUUACACAAGGAGAUCGCGUGUUAGACGGAAACUGAACAAUUAAAGUGAAUUUUAUGUGAAAUUUGGUGGUGACGAUCUGGAAUGUGGGCUAACCAGAUUAUGAUGUCACACAGUCUUAUAGGUGUUUCUAGCGUUUAAGAGAAAACCACAAUCCAAAGGAAAUGUUGGUGCACCACGAAAGUCGUGUUGAUAGUAACACAAAUAUGGCUGACACAUUUGCAUUUACGUGGUUUCCAUUGGCUUUUCUGUGAGCAAAUCAAAGAAAGUGGGAUAAGCAUGCAUUUUGUCAGAAAACCUCAAGGGAGGAGACAAUAUAAAGACGUAAGCAUUUAUGGGAUGAUAAUAUUAAAAUGAAUCUUAAAGAAUAUGGUGUGAGGAUAUGAGGAAAAAUGUAAAAAUGAGAUGUGUCUAGGUGCUGUGUGAUUAUUUCGUCAGAACUUUGUAAUAAAAUUGACUUUAAUGUUU